AUGGUCACGCACAAUGGGUUGAUGCGCGUAUUCUGGCCGUCCGAUGCUCCGACGGAUUCUGCGCCAGGCGUCUUGGUGGGAUUCGAGAACUCAAAGUCCGACGUCUUCGUCGUAGCCGUCCUCCAGGAGGUAGAGCUGCGCCAGGUGGAGAAUGCGCUGCUUGUAGGAACCUUACUGCGACACAGCCCCCACGACAUCCAGGAGCUGUUCCAGCGAUGCGGUCACUUUGCCCUUCGGGCUCUAGGCUGUGUAAACCCCAAGAGUCUACCAGACCAACCUGGCGCCGAGCCUCUGACAGUGUAUACCGAUCCUUCGUCCCGUUUCCCCCGCCUACACUACGCCGCCGACACCCUCACGUCUAUUCAAGUCAUUGUAUACGACCGACCGCACCCGAAACGCAUGCAGUAUCUCUCGCUGAAGCCCAUUACGCUCGCACUGGGGGACAAGACAAGGGCAGCCGAAUGGGAUGGUGUGUUUGCCGAGCUGGAGCAGGCAGAGGUCAAGGAGCGGAAGAGAAAAGCACAGCUCGUGGAGAGACUGAAGCUUCACACCGUCAUAGCACACCCGCCUACGCAAAAGGAACUGGCGUUGCCAGACAUCAUUGAGCAGGUCAACUGCUCGUACGAGCUCAAUGCUUUGCUGCAAAAGAACAUUGGCAUGAUUGGCAGGCGUAUGAAGCGGGCGCUAAGUGUCAGUGAACGUGUCGCAGAGUCUGCCAACAAUCUCUGGGACUAUGCUUGGAUGGUGCUCCACUACCUGUUCAGGGUCUGGAUAUGGCCUAUAGCCGCGCAGGUCUUCAUCUUUGGGCUCAUCACACAUCGCAUUCUGGGAGAGGGUGUCAUUCUGGUCCUGCACUGGCAGCCCAGGGGUCCUGACUACCCGGCCUUGAAGGACAUUUCUGCAACAGCACAACAGAUUGAUAUUCGGCUGCAACAGUGGUGUUACUGGCCAAUCCAAUACCUUACCUUGCGACGAAGAAAAGCCAACUGGGAGAGCAUCACCAACACCCACCCCGAGUACAUCCGGUUCUACAAUAGUUUGUGGCUGGUUGCAAAUGAUGUCAUCAUGGGUAUCGCAGUUGGAACAUUCAUCAUUGAGAACGCGUCUUUUGUAGCGGCCCAAGUCGACACCAUAUUCAGCGCGUGGUCGGUCGAGGGACUGCGGCGCAUGAUAUCAUGGCUCAUGGGGUGGCCCGGAGGCUUGAAGCUCAACACUGAGCUGGCCGCCUUUCUGGGUGACCUGUUUCUCUGGGUCAUUGACUACUGGGCUAGCUGUAUAUCGCUUCUGCGACCACAUCUACCCGCCCUGAUCCAGAUCAUUGGAUUUUCGUCUUUUGCUGGCGCCACCAUGCCCAUCUCAAUAUUCUCAGAUCUCGUCUCAUUGCUUACGGUGCACAUUUACUCGUUCUAUGUUGCAUCUGCCCGCAUCUUCCACUGGCAGCUCAUGAUUAUCAUUUCCCUGUUCCACCUUUUCCGCGGCAAGAAGCGCAACAUUCUCCGCAACCGAAUCGACUCGUGCGACUACGACUUGGACCAGCUGCUGCUCGGCACCAUUCUCUUCACGCUACAGUUUUUCCUCCUGACAACAGUCUUUGUCUUUUACCUGACAUUUGCAAGCGCGCGUAUUGCUGUCAUUGGUCUGAAAGCGGGUCUGGAAAUGGGACUUGCAUGUCUAAAUCAUUUUCCGUUGUUUGCAGUCAUGUUGCGACUCAAGGACCCGGGCCGACUACCUGGAGGCAUCUGCUUCGAGGUACAGGACAUGGGCAGUGUAUCUGAAAGACCAGACGUGGCUAGCUCAGCGCCUACAGCCUAUGUACUGUUAAAAUCUGUUCCACUAUCGCUCCGCGCAAUGUUCCAGCCCUACUUUGAUCUCGGCGACCGCAUCCGAAAACACUACUUCUCGCCGAGCGUUUUGCUAUGUCUGGCUUCAGGCCAGUUUGUGCCGCCUAUCCACCGCCGCAACCUGUACAGCCUACAGUACAGCAUGCUCCCCGCAAAAAGAGCAAGCAUAGGCGACCUAUGGGAGAAACUGAGGAAGCGCGACCACGCCUCGCCACACGUGCCCACCUCGUUGCAUGUGUCGAGUUCAUUGCUCGUGCCAAACGGUUAUGCUGCAAUGCCGUCUAGAAGAGGCGUAGUUAACAGUAAAAGUAGAAAAUUUGCAUAA